AUGUUGAUGCAGAUCCACAGCGACACUAUAGGUGUUGCCAAAUCUGCACUUAAUCCUCCUAAGUCCAGUUUCAUGCCGCAAAUUUAUAGACAAGGUGCUAAGCAGGCUUUGAACCAACCACAUGGUCUGUUUCUUAUACGCCAAGGCUGCCUUGCUUCAAGCGGGGCGUCAAUACCCUGA